AUGUCACCAAGCCCUCUUGUCGCCAGCCAAAAGGUUCUUGACCUUCUCCAGAGGCUUCAUGCGGCUUCUAUAGCUCAAGAACGGAGCAUUUCCACCAUUUUCUGGUUCCUGACCAGAAAAGUUCGCACUCUUUUCACGAACCAGAGAUGGUCAUCUCUGGAUGAUAAUUUUACCAAGGAUAAAUUCGUUGCCCUGGAGGUUGACAAAAGCGAAUUUGUCUACCUCCUUGCACGGACUACCGGUGCGACUACUAUAGUGGAGGCGGGUACAAGUUUCGGUGUUUCCACUAUUUACUUGGCUCUGGCUGCUGGGCAAAAUGCCACUGCACUCUCUCCAUCUCCCGAUACACCUGGACAGGGGGCUAAGGUGAUUGCUACAGAGAAAGAGCCCGAGAAGGCCAAACGCGCUCGGGAACAUUGGAAGGAGGCGGGGCCUGAGGUUGAGCCAUGGAUCACUCUGUUGGAGGGGGAUUUGAACAACACUCUCCCUACCGAGUGA